AUGAGUUCUUUUAUGCCCCAAGGGUCUAACCCUCUAACAUCUUCAUUUACAUGUAAUACAUGCGGUAUCAGAUUUGUUACGGCAGAUCUUCAAAGACAGCAUAUGAAGACUGACUGGCACAGGUACAACUUGAAGAGAAGAGUUGCGCAAUUGCCAUCAAUAUCAUCAGAGAUGUUUGCAGAGAAGGUGCUUUCACAACAGAACCAAUCUGACGAAGAGAAUGACGAGGAUGAAUACGGUUUCCAUAUAAAUCAUCGGAAAUCAAGUAAGGGUUCGAGACAACUUACUAAGAAGUUUUUGAAAAAGCAAGCGAAAUUCGAUGAGCUAAGAAAAGCAAGAGAAGAGAACGAAGGAUCUCAUGUUAGAGCAUUAAGUCCAGUAUCCAUUUCUUCCGAAUUUUCCCAAUUUUCUCUUGGAGAUUCGGAACAUUUGUCUGUUAAUAAUGAUACUGAUACGGGAUCCGAACUCAACUUUACAGAUACUUCAGAAUUCACUGAUUUGGAUAUCACAGCCGAUGAUGAAGACUAUACCGACUCCGAUAUGGAAUCAGAUGAAGAGUUAGACGUUAUUCCAAUAACACAUUGCUUCUUCUGUGGAGCUAAUAACAAAGAAGUCGAAGCCAAUGUCAAACAUAUGUUUAACAGCCAUGGUUUGUACAUACCCGAGAGGUCCUUCUUGGUAGACUUAGAAGGGUUACUUACAUUUUUGAGUGAAAUUUUUACAGUGGACCUUGAAUGUUUAGUAUGUGGGUUUCUAGGAAAAAAUUUAGAGAGUGUUAGGCAGCAUCUUCGGAGCAAGGGCCAUUGCAGAAUACCUUAUGAAUCUAAGGAAGAGAAAGCUAUUAUAGCAGAAUUCUACGAUUUCAAUGUGGACGAAGGCAAUACCAAAUCCAAGACCAACAAAAAGGUCACAUUCACAGAAUCAAGCGAUGCAGAUGAGGGGGUGUUAGUAGAUGUCGUUCCUUCGUCUCCUGAACUCGAAGAUUCACAAGCCAGUAUCAACAACAAUUACUCCGUGGUGCAUGUUGACAGAUCAGGCGUUGAAUUAACCUUGCCAACUGGCUCGAGAAUCGGUCACAGGUCUAUGGCAAGAUACUAUCGCCAAAACAUCGCAUUGCCAAGAGAUUUAGCUGAAUCUGAGAAGACAGUUGCUGUUGUAGACAGAAGGUUUGCUCCUGGAUUAUCAUAUCACGACAUCUCUAAACAAGAGAAGGAAACUAGAAGACUUGCCCAACAAUCAAAGAAUGAUUACAUUAGAAAGAGCAAGCCUCAUAGAAUGAACUUCCAACCUCACUUCAGAGAUGAAAUCUUACAAUGA